ACAUCGAGUAUACUUUCAUCUGAUACCGACCAAGUAUCGAACUACCCCCCCCACCCCCCCCCCCCCCCCCCCCCCCCUCCCCCCCCCCCCCCGCCCCCUCGCCCCUCCCCCCCAAUCUUUUACGCUGCCCCAAACCAGCCCCCCCUUCGGCAGUCCUUGGUUGCUCUAG